CUGGGAGAAUGGGUUUCCUCCUCUCUUCCCCAAAUGUGUGGGGGCUGUCAUUGACCUGGAGUAGCUGCAAAACCGAAGUCGCCGAAUGAUGAUGUUGUGAAAUCGCCAGUCCGUUCCUGCCACGCCCGGGCGGUUACUGGCAGCGGCGGCCGCUUCUGCUGCUCCUCUCAGGCUGCUGCUGUUUUAGAGGCUUCUCCCUGUGCAAGCGCGUGCGAAGGACGGAGGACGCCGGACCAGUCCUCAGCUCAGAACAAGUAACAGAUUGAUUGAUUCCUGAAUUUCAUUGGCAAACCAAAAUCAUCCACUACAUGUCAAUUCUCCCUCAAAAGAUAACCUUAUCUUGAAGUCCUGGAGUUGACUGUGACAACUGAUUCGGAAAACAGUCAUGACCAUCCAAGGAGUGAUAAUCACAUGAGAGCACUCAUUGCUCCAGAUGUCAUUUGACCAUCAAAAAAAAAAAUCUGUUUAAAAGAAAAUAUCCAUUUGACCAGAACCUUUCUUUAUUGAAUGGCUUGAUGGAUUUCCUUUACUCUGAUUCAAACCAAAACUGUCCUGCUCAACCAAAACAAGAAAGGACCUUGCAUGAGUCAAUCCCAGAAUGCCACUUCUAUAUCACCGAUGGGUGAAGAAAACCUCAUGAAUAUCAAUCACAGAGACUCAGAGAGCAUCACUGAUGUGUGCUCCAAUGAAGAUAUCCCUGAAGUUGAGCUGGUGAGCCUGCUAGAAGAACAGCUACCCCAGUAUAAGCUAAGAGUGGACUCUCUCUUUCUAUAUGAAAAUCAAGACUGGACUCAGUCCCCACGCCAGCAGCGACAUGGAUCUGAUGCCCUCUCUCCAGUCCUUGCUGAAGAGACUUUCCGUUAUAUGAUUCUAGGCACAGACAGGGUGGAGCAGAUGACCAAAACUUACAAUGACAUCGACAUGGUUACACAUCUCCUGGCAGAGAGGGAUCGUGAUCUGGAGCUAGCUGCUCGAAUUGGACAAGCUCUCUUAAAGCGGAACCAUGCCUUGUCUGAGCACAAUGAAGCCCUCGAGGAGCAACUGGGACAAGCCUUUGAUCAAGUUAAUCAACUGCAGCAUGAGCUGUCCAAGAAAGAUGAGUUACUUCGAGUUGUCUCCAUUGCUUCUGAAGAGAGUGAAACUGAUUCCAGCUGCUCUACACCUCUUCGCUUCAAUGAGUCCUUUAGCUUAUCUCAAGGUUUGCUGCAGUUGGACAUGCUGCAAGAAAAGCUCAAGGAACUGGAAGAAGAGAAUAUGGUUCUUCGAUCCAAGGCUUGUCACAUAAAGACAGAAACGAUUACCUAUGAAGAGAAGGAACAACAGCUUGUCAGUGAUUGUGUUAAAGAACUUCGUGAAACAAAUGCUCAGAUGUCCAGAAUGACUGAAGAAUUGUCUGGGAAGAGUGAUGAACUGAUUCGUUACCAAGAAGAGAUUUCCUCUCUCUUGUCUCAGAUUGUAGAUCUUCAGCACAAACUUAAAGAACAUGUGAUUGAGAAGGAAGAGCUGAGACUUCACCUCCAAGCUUCCAAAGAUGCCCAAAGACAACUGACGAUGGAGCUGCAUGAGUUACAAGACAGGAAUAUGGAGUGUCUGGGAAUGUUACAUGAAUCGCAAGAAGAAAUAAAGGAACUUCGGAAUAGAUCUGGCCCUGCUGCUCAUCUCUACUUCGCCCAGCCAUAUGGAGUUUUUUCUGGGGAAUCUCUGGCGGCUGAGAUUGAGGGGACCAUGCGUAAGAAGUUGAGUUUGGAUGAGGAAUCUUCUCUCUUUAAACAAAAAGCCCAACAAAAACGGGUAUUUGAUACUGUCAAGGUUGCCAAUGACACACGGGGCUGCUCUGUCCCAUUCCCAGCUCUGCUACCCAUUCCAGGCUCCAACCGUUCAAGUGUCAUCAUGACAGCAAAACCUUUUGAAUCUGGUUUACAACAAACAGAGGACAAAACAAUCCAGAAGAGUAACUUGGAGGAAGAUCCAGGGAACGUCCAGAACGUCUGUCAACCAGGACACUCUGAAGAGAGCGAUUUGGCUACAGCCCUGCAUCGCCUGAGUCUGCGGCGACAGAACUACUUAAGUGAGAAGCAGUUCUUUGCUGAAGAAUGGCAACGGAAGAUCCAGGUUCUGGCUGGCCAGAAAGAAGGGGGAAGUGACUGUGGCAUUCCCACAGAGAGCCUUGCCUCCCUCUGCACCGACCAGUCGGAGAUCACAGACCUGAGCAGUGCCAGUUGCCUUCGAGGUUUUAUGCCUGAAAAAUUGCAAAUUGUCAAGCCCCUUGAAGGUUCACAAACUCUGCACCAAUGGCAGCAGCUUGCUCAACCAAAUUUAGGAACCAUUCUUGACCCACGACCAGGUGUCAUCACUAAAGGCUUUACCCAGUUGCCCAAGGAUGCCAUCUAUCACCUCUCAGAUUUAGAAGAAGAUGAAGAGGAAGGUAUCACUUUUCAGGUUCAGCAACCUCUUCAAGUGGAACAGAAAUCAUCAAUAUCCCAGCCAGUCACAGGAAUUUUCUUGCCGCCCAUGACUUCAGCUGGUGGUCCAGUUACAGCUGCAACCUCAAACCCAGGAAAGUGUCUCUCCUGCACAAACUCAACAUUCACCUUCACCACCUGUAGAAUAUUACAUCCUUCUGAUAUUACUCAGGUUACCCCCAGCUCUGACUUCACUUCAUUAUCCUGUGGAAGUAGUGGUAGCAGUUCGUCAAACACAGCAGUGAAUUCUCCUGCUGUGUCCUAUAGGCUCAGCAUUGGUGAAUCCAUCACCAACCGACGAGAUUCCACCAUAACCUUCAGCGGCACCAUGAGCUUGGCUGAACUUCUACAAAAGCGAGGCAUCUCUGCUAAAGCAUACCACAGCCCAGUUUCAGAGGACCCCCUCCUCCAGCCUCUCCCUAGAGGCCUGGCUAUCCCUUCCACGCCACCAAAUUCACCGUCUCACUCACCUUGCCCUUCUCCUUUGCCCGUUGAGCCUCGAGUGCAUCUCUCUGAAAAUUUUUUGGCCUCCCGACCAGCUGAAACAUUCCUCCAGGAGAUGUAUGGCUUGAGACCAUCCCGAAACCCUCCUGAUGUUGGCCAGUUGAAGAUGAACUUAGUGGACAGGCUGAAAAGACUGGGGAUAGCCAGAGUGGUCAAGACCCCUGCAGCCCAGGAAAAUGGAAGAAGCCAAGAGGCAGAAAAUGGUCUUGAAAGACCAAACUCUGCUGUCUAUUUAAAUUCAGGUAGCAAUUUAUUGAGUGGACUGAGGAGGAAUCAGAGUCUUCCAGUCAUUAUGGGUAGCUUUGGCACCCCAGUUUGCACAUCAUCACCCAAAAUGGAUAUCCUGAAGGAAUACUGAGGUUCAGAAGUUGACUGACCUCUUACACAAGUUAGCACAUGAAGGAAAGAUUUGCACUGAUACAUGUAGUCUUGUCUGAGAGAAAAGGAAUGUUGCAGAAGGGUUGUGAAUGUGGGAAGGGGAAAGUGGAAGAACGGAAACAGAAUUGGCAUGAGGUCUGUCUGAUAAAUUGAAAGUAUAAAUGGAUAGGUCAUGAGUGUUUGGAAGCAGAGAAAGAAGAAAUGUUUAAUGUGGUCCUCCAGUUGGUAUUUCUUGUCUUGAAAAUAAAAAGUGACUAGAAAAUAAAUUCAGUAAUAUUGGAACAUACCAGAAAUACUGAACUUGCUAGCACAUUUACUUCUGGUGAGCAUAAGCAGGGAGGACCCAGGUUAGGA